AUGUAUAUCAUCAAAUCGAUCGUGGAAUACAUCUGGGGACGAUCGGCCAACGUCCACCAAACCGAUGCCCGCACUUCCGCUGUCGCAUCUGACAUUGUCAACAUCCUUCUGACCGGUGAAACCCACGAGGAUAUCCAGAAAAGAUUGAAAGAACAAGUUGAUACCAACGGGUGGAGCGAGUCCAUCGCCAAAGCUAUCCUCCAUGGUCUCAACGACGCUAUCAAAGCCGGAGCGGAAAUGGCCGGCCCUGCCGCCGACGCUCUGAUGAAGGCCAAGGAAGCCGCAGUCAAAUUUGCCAAGGAUCACCCAGUAUUUGCAACCCUUCUUGCCUUGGGGGUGCUGGCAAUCUUAGCACCGUGGGUUCUCGAAAUGUUGGGAUUCGGAGAGCUGGGACCAAUUGCCGGGUCUUUUGCGGCGAGAUGGCAAGCGACAUAUUCUGGCUAUGUGCCUCGUGGUGCGCUUUUUACAUAUUUCCAGCGCCUAGGAAUGAAGUGGCAUUGGCCCAGAUGA